GUCUCCUUGUGGGUACUCUUGAUGUCGUGCUGGACUCCAGUGCCAGGGUGGCACCAUAUCGAAUCCUGUACCAAGCUCCAGAUUCCUUGGUCUAUUGGACUAUUGCCUGUGGUUGCUCCAGGAAGGAAAUCACUGAACACUGGGAAUGGCUUGAACAGAAUUUGUUGCAAACUCUUUCAAUCUUUGAAAAUGAGAAUGACAUAAAUACCUUUGUCAGAGGAAAAAUACAGGGCAUCAUCGCUGAGUACAACAAAAUCAACGGCAUCAAGGAGGAUGAUGACACGGAAAAAUUCAAGGAAGCCAUAGUGAAAUUUCACAAGCUCUUUGGGAUGCCAGAAGAGGAGAAAUUAGUGAACUACUACUCCUGCAGCUACUGGAAGGGGAAGGUUCCCCGGCAGGGCUGGGUGUACCUCAGCAUUAAUCACCUCUGCUUUUACUCCUUCCUCAUGGGCAGGGAAGCAAAGUUAGUCAUUCGCUGGGUUGACAUCACUCAGCUCGAGAAGAACGCGACGCUGCUCUUCCCUGACAUGAUCAAAGUGAGCACAAGGUCAAGUGAGCAUUUCUUCUCGGUGUUCCUCAAUAUCAGUGAGACAUUCAAGCUGAUGGAGCAGCUUGCCAACAUAGCCAUGCGGCAGCUUUUGGACAACGAGGGCUUCGAGCAGGACAGGUCAUUGCCCAAGCUGAAGAAGAAGUCCCCCAAGAAGGUAUCUGCGCUUAAACGGGACCUCGAUGCGAGGGCAAAGAGCGAGAGGUACCGCGCGCUGUUCCGCCUGCCCAAGGACGAGAAGCUGGAUGGGCACACCGACUGCACACUCUGGACUCCCUUCAACAAGAUGCAUAUCCUGGGCCAGAUGUUUGUCUCUACGAACUACAUUUGCUUUACUAGCAAAGAAGAGAACUUGUGCAGCCUUAUUAUCCCUCUGCGAGAGGUGACAAUCGUGGAGAAGGCAGACAGCUCCAGUGUGCUGCCCAGCCCUCUGUCCAUCAGCACCAAAAACAGGAUGACCUUCCUCUUCGCCAACCUGAAAGACAGAGACUUUCUGGUACAGAGGAUCUCAGACUUCUUGCAGCAAACCACUUCAAAAAUAUACUUGGAAAGAAAUAUUUCUGGAAGCUACAUCAGCUCGGAUGAUGAGGUGUUUACAAGGUCAAGCAGUUCAGUCUCCGCCAGCCCUCACAAAAGCCUCAGCUCCGAGUCGGAAGGAGAGCGACAGUUCAACCUCAAUGACAAUGGCAUUCCAACAGCAACUCAGGCCCUGAUGACCAUGUACCGGCGCAGGUCACCCGAGGAGUUCAACCCUAAGCUGGCUAAAGAGUUCCUGAAAGAACAGGCCUGGAAGAUUCACUUUGCUGAAUAUGGCCAAGGGGUGUGUAUGUAUCGCACCGAGAAGACCAGAGACCUGGUGCUGAAGGGCAUCCCAGAGAGCAUGAGAGGGGAGCUCUGGCUGCUCUUCUCAGGAGCCAUUAAUGAAAUGGCCACUCACCCUGGCUAUUACGAGGACCUGGUGGAGAGGUCGAUGGGCAAGUACAACCUUGCGACGGAGGAGAUCGAGCGGGACCUGCACCGCUCGCUGCCGGAGCACCCGGCGUUCCAGAACGAGAUGGGCAUCGCCGCGCUCAGGAGAGUCCUGACGGCCUAUGCCUUCAGGAACCCCAGCAUCGGGUACUGCCAGGCUAUGAACAUUGUCACUUCGGUGCUCCUCCUUUAUGCCAAAGAGGAGGAAGCUUUCUGGCUGCUGGUGGCUCUGUGUGAGCGUAUGCUGCCUGACUACUACAACACAAGGGUUGUUGGAGCUCUGGUGGAUCAGGGUGUCUUCGAGGAGCUGGCUCGAGACUACAUCCCACAGCUGUAUGACUGCAUGCAGGACCUGGGGGUGAUAUCCACCAUUUCCCUGUCCUGGUUCCUCACUCUCUUCCUCAGUGUCAUGCCAUUUGAGAGUGCAGUGGUGGUUGUGGAUUGUUUCUUCUGUGAAGGAAUAAAGGUGAUAUUUCAAUUAGCACUCGCUGUCCUCGAAGCUAAUGUAGACAAGCUGCUUAACUGUAAAGAUGAUGGAGAAGCCAUGACAGUCUUGGGAAGAUACUUGGACAGUGUAACUAACAAGGACAGCACUCUCCCACCCAUUCCUCAUCUGCACUCACUGCUCAGCGACGAUGUGGAGCCUUACCCUGAGGUGGAUAUUUUCAGGCUGAUCAGGUCUUCCUAUGAGAAAUUUGGAAGCAUCCGAGCAGAUUUAAUUGAGCAAAUGAGAUUCAAACAGAGACUGAAAGUUAUCCAAACUCUGGAGGACACUACAAAGCGCAACGUGGUCCGGACAAUCGUGACGGAGACUUCCUUCACCAUCGACGAGCUGGAGGAGCUCUAUGCUCUUUUCAAGGCAGAACAUCUGACGAGCUGCUACUGGGGUGGGAGCAGCGCGGCCCUGGAGCGGCACGACCCCAGCCUGCCCUACCUGGAGCAGUACCGCAUCGACCUGGAGCAGUUCAAGGGCAUGUUCAGGCUGCUGUUCCCCUGGGCAUGCGGGGCCCACUCGGACACGCUGGCUGCUCGUCUCUUCAGGCUCCUGGACGAGAACGGCGACCUGCUCAUCAACUUCCGCGAGUUCGUCUGGGGCCUCAGUGCAGCGUGCCACGGGGACCUCACGGAGAAGCUGAAGCUGCUGUACAAAAUGCACGUUCUGCCCGACCCAUCCCCGGAGCAGGAAGAGCCAGACUCUGCCUUUGAGGCUACUCAGUACUUCUUUGAAGACAUCACACCGGAAUGCACGCACGUGGUUGGCCUGGACAGCAGGAGCAGACCAGGAGUAGACGAUGGGUUUGUCACAGUGAGCCUGAAAACAGACAAAGGCAAGAAGAGCUCACAAGAGAAUCGGAAUUAUCUGAGGAUGUGGAGCCAAGAGAAUAAAUCCAAAGCAAAAAACACGAAGGACUUGCCCAAGCUGAAUCAGGGACAGUUCAUCGAGCUGUGUAAGACGAUGUACAACAUGUUCAGCGAGGACCCCAACGAGCAGGACCUGUACCACGCCACGGCGGCGGUGACCAGCCUGCUGCUGGAGAUCGGCGAGGUGGGCAAGCU